AUGACCAACAAUGUUCCCAAGACUAAGAAGAUCUUGAGGAAAUUCAGGCUGACUUUGCUGGGGAAUAAUUCCCUCUGGCUAGAAGAGGCUAAGGAGGAGAAUGCAGGAUGAUACUGGUGCACCGUGCUUGGCAAUUAUGUCAAGUACUAGAACUAGAGGGUAUAUGGUCUUUCUGUGAUCAGAGGGGGUUCUCUCUGCUCAAUCCUGAUGUGUUCAGUGGUCUCAACAGUGUUCCUGGACCUCAUGGUUUGACGGAAAGGAAAGGGGAAAGUGAAGGGUAGGGUAGAAACUUUCAUGGGAAAGGAUGUUUCCCUUCCCAUAGUGUGUUUUGUGGAGGAAACCUCAGAGUUCCAUAUCCAAAAGGUCAGGGAAAUCCGUUGUAUUUUCCCCCAGAAUAAGAGCAUCAGUUUCAACCUGACAGGUGAAUUUGGGGAAUAA